GCAGAAGCUCCCAGCCCAUCAGGCCGUGGCGACCAAGGGCUUCUCUUUGGCCAGCCCCUGGCAGCUGUGUGCAGCCAGGAUGGCACCCUGCCUCAGCCCAUCCAGGACCUGCUGGCUCUGCUGCAUGCACAAGGGCCAUCCACGGAGGGGAUCUUCCGCCUGGCAGCCGGCGAGCAUGCCUGGCGGGAGGUGCGGGAGGCGCUGGACAGGGGAGUGGAGGUCCAGCUGGAAAGCCAGCCUGUGCACCUGCUGGCUGCCGUCUUGAAGGACUUCCUGCGGAAGAUCCCCUCCAAGCUCCUCCAAGCAGAGCUGUACGGGGAGUGGAUGAGUGCCCUGCAGAAGAGCAGCAGGCAGGAGAGGCUGGCAGGGCUGAAAGAGGUGGCCAGCAAAUUGCCCCAGGCCAACCUCCUCCUCCUGAAGCGCUUGUUGGCCCUGCUGCACAACAUCAGCAGCAAUGCAGCCGCCAGCAGGAUGACUGCUGCCAACCUGGCCAUUUGCGUGGGGCCAAAUCUCCUGAGCCCAGCCGAGGAGCACACGCUGCCCCUGGACAUGCUGUUGCAGGUGACAGAGCAGGUGACACGGCUGGUGGAGUUCCUCAUCGACCAUCAGGGGGAACUCUUUGAAGAGGAGCAGGUGACUGGGCUCGAGGCUGCAGAGGCUGAGGAGGUGGCAGCAGCGAGGCCAGGAGAACUAGAAGCUGGAGAGGUGCCUCCAGUGGCUCCCGCAAGCACAGAGCCAAAGAGCUCAUCUGGGCACAGAAGGUCACCCAAAGCUUCUGGGGACACGCGGCAGUGCUCCUGCAGGAAGAGAAAGCUGAGCUGUAAAGAGGAGAGGGACAGCCAGCCCGGCAACAAAAGGCAAAAGCUGGAAGGAGAUCCCAAGCUUGAAGAGAUUCCUGCAGAAACGUCACCUCUUGGACUCAGUUCCCAAAUAUCUGAAUGGCACACGGGACAUUCUUCUGAGCACAAAGGGAGUUGUUUCUCUCUAGCUUUAUACUGAUAGUUUUUAGGGUUAGUUAUAGUUAUUCCUAGAGGUGUUAAGAGUUCUACUUGCUACAUUAGAGUUAGAGUGGUUGUUCCAGUUCUAGUUAUUAGAGUUCC